CGUGGUUUGGGGGGGGGUGUCAGAGGUCAAGUGACGUCAACAUGGCUGAGCUGGACAUCGGACAGCGCUGUGACACAGAGUUCUGCAAGCAGCAAGAUUUCCUUCCUUUUGGCUGCGACUCCUGCGGUGGGGUCUUCUGUAUUGAACACAGAAGUAGAUCCUCACAUUCAUGCCCAGAGAAGCCGUCUGUCCCAAGAGACUUCCGGUCGACUGGGGGGACUCCGAGUUACCCUUGCUCCUUCCAGGACUGCAGAGGGAAAGAGCUGGUCCCUGUGACCUGUCCUCACUGUGGAAAACACUUCUGCCUGCCCCAUCGACACCAGGAUGACCACUGCUGUGAGAAACUGGAGGCGCCCAGACCCAAGAUGGCGGCCACCAAGGAGCUGGUCCAGAAGAUAGUGGAGUCCAAAACGCCGGGGCCUCCUAAGGGACGACGAGGAGCGAAGAGCAGUGCGAUGGCGGCGAAAGUGGCGUUGAUGAAACUUAAGCUCCACGCCACCGGAGAUAAAGGACUGCCCCAGGUGGAGAGGACGUACCUCCAGGUGUAUCUUCCCAAAGAGUCUUCCCCGCCCAGCCAGCCCAUGUUCUUCUGUUCCAAGUGGAGCGUGGGCAAGGUGGUGGACUAUGCUGCCUCUCUGGCCGGCCUCAAGAACGACAACAACGUGCUCACUGCAAAGAAGCUGCGUCUGUGCCAUCCAGAGACUGGAGAGGCUCUCCGGAUGGACGAAACCCUGCUCUCACUGCUCUCCCACCCCGACGCGCCGCUCCACAACGGGGGCAACGCGGUCCUGGAGUACCUGGACCCCCACCUGACCACGCUGGACCAGGUGGCCUCCUACCUCCCCCAGACCUAGCGGCUAGCGCUACGCUGGGCUAGCUUGUUUAUAAUUCUGCUCUAUUAAAGUUUUUUAACGGUG